UUUUUAAAAACCAAAAGAAUCAAAAGGACGAAGAGGGCAAUACGGGGAUUGGAAGGAGAGAACAUUGCUUUGCAAUUGCGGCAAUCGGGGGAAAUUGAGAGUGAGACAGAGCCUCCUUUAGGAGGGUGUUCUAUAAUUAUCGGAGGAUAUACAUAAUUUCGGUUACUUUCAGGCGGUGGGAGCUCUUAUUUGCUGCACUGGAAGGAAGGCCCAACACUAGCAGCAGCUUUUUCAGCAAUCCCUUCUUUCCUAGAGUGGAAAUAUCUCAUGAUUCAUACUUUGCUAUCCAAGGAAGUCAUCUCUAUCCUGUUUCUGGAGUUGCAGAAUAAAUAAGCCAAAGGAGAGCUAGAAGUUAUGAAGUUUGACCCCAAGGGUUAAAGAGAAAUUAAUACCUGAGUAAACUGAUAAGGCACGAUGUUCUCUUUAUUUUAUGGCCUCUGGAAGUACAUCUUUAGUAAGACAGAGUUUCAUGUUCUCAUCUUAGGAAUCGACAAGGCGGGGAAAACGACUUUGCUUGAGAAGUUGAAGUCCUUAUACUCAAACCUGGAAGGCCUCUCCCCAGAUCGAAUUGUUCCAACUGUUGGACUCAAUAUUGGGCGCCUCGAGGUGUUGAAUGCAAAACUUGUCUUCUGGGAUCUGGGAGGUCAGCCUGGCCUUCGUUCUAUUUGGGAAAAAUAUUAUGAAGAGGCACAUGCUGUGAUCUAUGUAAUUGAUGCUGCUUGUCCAUCAAAAUUUGAAGAUGCCAAAUCUGCACUGGAGAAAGUUCUUCGACAUGAGGAUUUGCAAGGAGCUCCACUUUUGGUUUUAGCAAACAAGCAGGAUCUUCCAGAGGCAGUAUCAGCUGAAGAACUUUCUCGUUAUCUCGACUUAAAAAAAUUGGAUGAAAGGGUCUACAUGUUUGAAGCUGUUUCUGGCUACGAUGGGAUGGGCAUAAAGGAAGGUGUUGAAUGGUUGGUGGAUAUAAUGGAAAGAAGCAAGAGAACCGAAAUGUUGAGAGCUCGAGCAGGUGUUAGGGGCCCUUAAUUCAUAUUACAUCCUCCUCUAUGAGAGUACCCACACAAAUCUGGCUUCCUGUUGUCUAGCUUUAUUGCACAAUGUAAAGAAACUCUUGAUCCAAGGGCUAAUUGGUUGAGCAUUAGAAUUCCCAACCACAAACGUACAGAAUUAUACGUGUUUGAACAUGGGAAUAUUUUCGUAGACAAUCUUAGCCAACCAUGUUUCAUACAAGUGAUCUGAAUUUAGUCUCCUUCAGUUCUUAGAAGCUGUAACAUAUCAAAUUGACAUCAGUGUUGCAGUAUUUGUGUUAGUGUUUGUAUUGAUAGGAAAAUUGAAAAAAUCGGCCGACCUGUACUUGAGCUA